UCCACUAUCCAGUGCUUUGCUGAUCAGACUGCAGUUGUAUUUGGGGGAAGUUGGCAGCUGGCGGCUCACGGCGUAAGGCUUUCCUCUCUCUCCGGCGCUUGGACAGUGGAAUUAUGAGCAGAGCUGACCCAGCCUCUAUCACCCUGUCUUGAAUCCGUUUCUGUUUCACACCGAGAGAAAUUGAACCGACCAUGGACAUUGGAGUCCGCAUCCUCUUGGCUUUCCUCGUCCCUCAGGUUGCCCGUGUGGGUGGCCAAGAGGAUGGAGGCCAUGAGGGCUGUGUACCUGGCUUCCAGGUCAAACACUACCAAGUGGUGUACAGUGGACCUUUCCAGAAAGGUCAGGCGCUUCUACAAGUCGAGUUUGAUGACUGUGCAGGGAAUGAGGACGUGAAGUUUGAGGUGUCCGACCCCAGCUUUCACGUGGACGGAGAUCUGAAUCUGGCUCCUCAGCGAGAUGUCCAGUACACCAGUCCAGUCAUGUUCAUCCACGGGCUCAGUGCACAUGCAGAUGACAUGGCACAGGUGGAAGUCAGUGGACUGCCAAUUCAGUCGCCGCACAAUCUCAGGGACAUCCUGGGUCUUGGCCAGACGCUGCCAUACAGAUCUAAGAGAUCCCUGCUGGUCCCUCCUAUGAUCAUAACUGAGAACCAGAGAGCUCCCUUCCCCAGGAUCAUUGGCAAGUCUCAUGUGAUUUCAACAGAGAAGUCAGGGAACCAUAUCUUCCGACUGACAGGCCCCGGUGCUGACCAGGAUCCCAAAGGUCUCUUCACCAUUGACAUAGACACAGGAGACGUGUCAGUCAGCCGCUCACUGGACCGAGAGGCCAUUGAAUCCUACCAGCUGGAAGUUUCAACCACAGACGAAGCUGGAAAUGUUGUCGAGGGACCGGCCACACUAGUGAUCACUGUCAUUGACCAAAAUGACAACCGGCCCAUCUUCAAAGAGACACGCUACACAGGAGAAGUGCUCGAGGGAUCCCCUACAGGAACCACAGUGAUGACAAUGAUGGCGUUCGAUGCCGACGACCCAGCUACGGAUAACGCAGCACUGCGCUACAACAUUGUCAGGCAGUCACCAAACAAUCCUGUCUUGAACAUGUUCUCCAUUGAUGCUGAAAGAGGCGACAUUGUCACCGCCAUCCCCCCUGCCUUGCUUGACAGAGAGACACUGCCAACCACAACAUACGAGCUAGAGAUUGUGGCCAAGGACAUGGCAGGAAGUGAGGUGGGCCUAACAGGAACAGCCACGGCUACCAUUACCAUCACAGACAAGAACGACCAUGCCCCUGAGUUCACACAUCCGCUGUUUGAGGCAUAUGUGAAUGAGGGCUCGACGGGUGUGGUGGUCAACCUGACAGUAGACGACAGAGAUGACCCAGACACGGGAGCGGGGAGAGCUAUCUACUCUAUAAUUGAUGGUGAUCCCACACAGAGCUUUGAGAUCCAGACCAACCCAGAUAAUAACGAGGGAAUGCUCUCUGUUGUCAAGCCUCUGGACUAUGAGGCCAUGUCACUCCACACACUAUUCAUCAAAGUAGAGAACGAGGAUCCUCUGGUUCCUGAUGUUGGCUAUGGCCCCAGCUCCACAGCCACUGUCCACGUCAAAGUCCUAGACAUCAACGAGGGCCCUGUCUUCUUUCCCGACCCACUGAAAGUCACCUGGAUGGAAAACAUUCCUGUGGGCAGCUUCGUGGCAUCACUCAAUGCUACAGAUCCAGACAUCAAAAACAGGCAUAGCAUCAGGUAUGCUGUUCUGCAAGACCCAGCAGGCUGGCUGAGUGUGAACCCAGUCAGAGGAACUGUCAACACUUCAGCCUCUCUGGACCGUGAGUCUCCUUAUGUCCAUGACAAUAAAUACACAGCUGUCUUCAUCGCCACAGACGACGGCAACCCACCAGCCACAGGUACCGGCACAUUGGUCAUUUACCUGGAAGACUACAAUGACAAUGCCCCCUAUGUGGUACCAUCAGUUGCACGAGUGUGCGAAGACGCCCAUGAUAUGAAUGUGGCUAUAGUUGGGGGACGGGACAAGGACCUACCACCCAACUCUGCACCAUUUAAGAUAGAACUGGGAAAACAGCUAGGCCUUGAUAAAACAUGGAAGGUUACCAGAGUCAACUCCACACACUCCCAAAUCAUGCUUUUGCACAGUCUGAAGAAAGCCAACUACCAGCUCCCAUUGCUCAUCACUGACUCAGGGGUGCCGCCUUUGUCCAACAGCACAGAGGUCAAAGUUCAGGUGUGCGUCUGUAAGAAGAACAAGAUGCACUGCAGCUCUGCGCACUCCCACCGCGCCAGCCUUCUUGUGCUGCUCGCGACACUCCUGCUCGCCCUACUCUGCCUGUAGAUUCUGCUGAAACCGCCCGUAGUCCUUUUUGCAACACUGAAAAGCAACGACUUAUCUCCCCCACGCAACCCAGGCUUAGGAGAGAAGAAGAAGAAGAAGAAGAAGAAGACGAAAAAGAAGAUGAAGAAGCGAGAAGAAGCCUUCUCACCACAACAAAUCAAAGAUGAAAAUACACACAAUCCCCACCGGCACAACACCACUCGGCAUUUUUUUGUAAAGUUUCUCACUUAUCUCUCUUGCCACUCUCGUCUCCUUCUCUUCAUCUUUACUUUCCGUGCUGCAUCUGUCCUGCCCCACUCCAGUCCACUCUCAUCUCAUCUCCCCAUGUUCUCCCGACUCUAUUUGACUCUCUUUGACUUUUUUCUCUAUCUUUCCUCUCCCCUGUACACUUCCUCCACAGUCAUCAAUUAUUCCAUUUGUUUCUUUGCACUUUUCAUUGUAUUCCAUUUUGGCACCGCACCAUUACACUGGCAGACAAACACUGGGUGCCACAUCCGUAGGAGAUACUUGAAACAUGUAUAUUGAUAUUGUAAGAAAACAAAAGCUAUAAAUCAAUUUCAUCUUGGAUCUCACCUCAAUCCUUUGGUCCUUUUCCUCAGUUCAUCUGAACCUCUCACUCAAUCUACAGCAUUCCUUUCCUCCCCUUUUCCUCUUUCUUAUCAUAGCUACCUCUAUUCCUCUGUUGUCUUUUCCCCUCUUUCACCAUCCCCUUGCAUAGACAUUGUCCCACUAUCUAUCUGCCUCUCCUCCCCUGUCCCCCCUUCUAUCUUAUCGACCUCUCUCUGUCUCUUGGUGGGCCAGUGAACACUGCGAAGGCUGAGCUACUGUCCUGGUCGGGGAAGAGCAUUGACUUUUUGAUGUGUUCCUUUCUUUUCUCGUCACAGACUGUGUUUGAUCUUGUUUCCCUCUUUAAGCGGAGAGAACAAAGCCUGUUUCUUUGUCUGCAGUGGUUGUGGUCUUUUAGGGCAAGGUGGUAGCCAUAAGCCUUCAAAGUCAGAAACUCUCUGGAGUCCUUUCUUCGAUUUGCUUCUGUUUUUAUUGCAUUAGUUGUCAUGGAGUGGAAAACAGUAUAUCUUUAUAGUAACGGUGUAAACCUUAAAAAAAAGUACUAUUAUAUAAAUAUUUUAUUUUUUACCAUUGUAUAAAUAUACAGUAUUGAUUAACUUAUGUACUUUGAUUGCAAGUUUUUUGGUCACCCACACAGUGAGUAAAUAAAAAAGAGGAAACCUUUUUUCUGUGGAUUUUAGGCACUAUUUCUAAUGCUAUUGAUGUGUUGACUAUUUUAUUGUAACAUCUUUUUUUGUUUUGUUCAUUUUUUUAUUAUUAUUUUUGAGAUCUGUGAUAAAUUGCAGAAUCAGGAGUCUUGCUUUGAUGACUGCCAUGUGUUUAGGUUCGAUUUUGUCUCCAGUCAAUUCUGCCCUCUCCUGUUCUCUCUCCAUCUGUCAUAAACAAGUCACAAGAAGACGUGUAAGAAGAAAACAAAGGCUGUGGUUUUGGUGGAUAGUUUCGCUUUUUUCUCUUGUGCUCAUCAAAAGAACGUAGCGUGUGUGGGUUUGUGUGGAAGACCACCUUAAAGAAAAAGAUGACAUUUUGAAUGAGUUAUGUCUGUCUUUUGCACUAAUUUAAUAAAGCCGUUACUGA